AUGACCGGCAAAACACAGACCAGCAAUGUCACCAAUAAGAAUGACCCAAAGUCCAUCAACUCCAGAGUCUUCAUUGGCAAUCUGAACACAGCCAUUGUCAAAAAGAGUGACAUUGAAGCAAUCUUUGCAAAGUAUGGGAAAAUAGUUGGCUGCUCAGUGCACAAAGGUUAUGCGUUUGUACAGUACAUGAGCGAAAGGCACGCGAGGGCUGCGGUGGCAGGAGAGAACGCCAGGAUCAUCGCGGGGCAGCCACUAGAUAUCAACAUGGCAGGAGAACCAAAACCAUACAGACCCAAACCUGGCAACAAGCGACCACUUUCAGCACUUUACAGACUUGAAUCAAAGGAGCCUUUUCUGUCUGUUGGUGGUUAUGUCUUUGAUUAUGAUUACUACAGAGAUGAUUUCUACAAUCGGUUGUUUGAUUACCAUGGCCGUGUGCCCCCCCCACCCCGCGCAGUGAUUCCGCUGAAGCGUCCUCGGGUGACCGUGACAACAACUCGCAGAGGCAAAGGGGUUUUCUCCAUGAAAGGGGCAUCACGAUCCACCUCCAGUGGGGCAUCUUCCUCAGGAUCCAAAUCACCCACCUGCCUUCCCUUGCCCCUUAUGUGGAGUGAUACUGUCCUUGGAAGCGUCACUGGAAGAGGAAGAGAAAGAUCAGUGAAAUCAGAUGAGUUGCAAACAAUCAAGAAGGAAUUAACCCAAAUCAAAACAAAAAUUGACUCCUUGCUAGGGAGACUGGAAAAGAUUGAAAAGCAGCAAAAAGCUGAAGCAGAAGCUCAAAAGAAACAAAUGGAAGAUAAUGCUGAUUUGAUUCAAGAGGAAUGCAUAUCAGAGAAUGCAGAUAACUCUACAGAAGAGCCAAUUGAAGGAGGGCCAGAUGCAGAUGGGGAUGGAGAAGAUAUGACUGAUGGGAUAGAGGAGGAUUUUGAUGAGGAUGGCAGCAAUGAGCUGGCUUUCAAAAUCCCUGAACUUCUUCAUACUAAGAGCUCACCAAAGCCACCCACUCAGAUCCAGCAGUCACAGACCACUGAGGACAAACCUGGUUAUGGAGAAAGGGUUGCUAUAGCCAAGCUACCAAUGAUGAUUUUGGCUGAGAUUCCUGGGAAUUCACCACCUACCAAUGUGUAG